AAAGUAUAAACCACGAGAGGCUACGUAACGCUGAUGUCGAACCGCUAACAAAAUUAUAAAGAUCAAUGUCGGGUCAGCCGACAAACUGGCUGCACUCAUGUUUCUUCAGUAACUAUGCUUCACAGUCGCUAUGUAAUUAUAGUGAUUAUAUGCUGGAGCUGUGUUACAAUAAGUGAAGCUAUUGUUCGCAAUGAAGACAUUUGCGGAAUUCAAAAUGGACGAAGACUUUAUUUGGAACUUGGCGAACAAGGAGUACUUUAUGCAAAAAAUGUUUCUUUCAUAAAAAAUGCACCUCGACUUCAAGAUUCGAGAAUUUAUACAACCAACAGUUCACACGAUCAAUGUAGCUUGGAACUUGUGACAUGUCCUUCCUGCGUUAUCACCUUGACUUUCAAGAGUAUUGGUCUUUCUCAAAAUUGCGGAGAUGGAAGUUUUAUGCUCGACAGUUCUUGCAGAUGUGACUAUGUCUGGAUAUCAGAACCACCUUAUGAAGACGUGUCUGGAACGCCGUUUUGUGGAUUUUAUUCUCCUAUUUCUUAUCGGUCAAACACUAGAACCUUAUCAAUCACACUUCUCUACAGUCAAUCGCACAAUCAUGCCUUCACCUUGGAAUAUACGUCUGAAAGAAAUAGAAUAAAUUUAAAGGGAUCAGAUAUUUCGUCAGGAAUAGGAAAAUCUCGAAAUAAUACAAUUGGUGGAAUUCUCACAUCGCCUUUCUUUCCAUCUCGUUAUCCUCGAGAUCUAGGUAUGGAGUAUGUUAUUACCUGUCCAACUGAGGCCCCAUCAUGUCGAGUUCGAGUUCUUUUUAGUGAUUUUCAGCUAGCCGCCGUUUCCAUAAUAGAGUUCUACGAUUGGAAUGGACAACGACUUGAUGUGAGCAGUGGAGUAAGAUUUCGUCCACCAGUUAUCGUGAGUUCCGGUCCUUCGCUUCUUAUUCGAUUUUAUGCAAAUGGAGGCACAGGUCUUGGAUAUAAGGCUUUCUAUUCAUUUGUACUUGGUCAUCUUUAUGAUAAAUCAGUUCAGCCAAUCACCGAUUGUGGUGGAUAUGUUGAAAAUUUAGGAGGUGCAAUCACAAUGAUGGACAUGGUUGAUGAAGGUGUUAAAAUUUACGAUUGUGUUUGGCUAAUCAGACCGCCAAAGACAUUUCUUCAAAUGAAAACACACGUUUAUUUGAAGAUCAUCACAUUUGAUGAUAUGGCAGGUAGUACUGAACUUAUAAUUAAACAAGGACCAACUUCAGCUUUAUUACCUUUGGAAAUUUUGAGACAUCCUGCAAGUAAAUUACAACCACGAAGAUUAAAGGAGCAUAUCGCUCCAAUAAUUAGUGGUUUUCACGUCAGUCUUCGAGGAACAUUUGGUCCAACUUCUCGUCUUGCUAUGGCGUAUACAACUUUCAGUUAUACAGAUUGCUUCACUGGAUCAGAUUUUCUCUGCCAAAAUCACAGAUGUAUUCCAAGUCAUUUGAACUGUGAUGGAUUUGAUCAUUGUGGGGAUAACAGUGAUGAACCGUCCACUUGUGUUCAAGAUUGGGAACUUGCACCACAAGACAGAAAAUGGCACACGAACAAGGCAAACUACUAUUUUCCGAAAAUUGAUCAAUAUCCAGAUUUGAAGACAGCGACUCUUGUUUUUGUAGCAAGUAGUUUGGGUCUGAUAACACUUAUCUCAGCCCUAAUUGUAUUACUCUAUCGAAUGGGUGCCAGAGCAAGACAACAACGUGAACUUCAAUCCCGUUUGCAAACAAUCAGCGAAUUACUAGUUUUUGAAAUUCCAGAUGGUGCAAGAAUUGAGGAAGUAACUGUCACUGAUGAUCCACCUGAUUAUGAAUCACCACCCGGUUAUGAGGAAGUUGUGAAACUUAGUUUAGAAAAUGAACAUAAGAAACGAAAAAAGAAAAAAUCAAAUUCCAGUUGUCGUCUGAAUAGAAAUUGCAAUGAUAAUUACUUAAAUGAUAAUGAAGCUAACGGAUCUAGUAACAUACCAGCUGAUGAUGGAGCAAGUACAAGUGAUUGUGUUUUCACUAAUGAAUGCAGUGUUCAACAAACUGUUCCUGAAAGUCCACCACCACCUUAUAUAACACCACCAGGAACUAUUGCAAGCAGAAUGAAAUUUUUUGCACUUUCUGAUUCAUCAUGUGUAGCAGAUGGUUUCACUUCUAAUGGAGAACCACUUUUGGAACAAUCAACAACGGAGAAUUCAAGAUCGUUACCUAUUUCCGAGCCAACAACACCGGAAUUGUCGUCAUCAACAACUGAUGCUGAAUUGCUCGGUGGGUAUCUUCAAAAUUAUCCUGAGAACCAGACUGAAAGCUCUACUUCACAGUUGAGCAGCUGGAGAGAUGCAUCGAUGAACAUCAAUCCCGAAUUCGAAGCAAGAUCAAAAGAUGUCGUCGUGGACGGUCCAGAAGAUAAGAAAACAAAAAAAUGUUCUCGUAGAGAUGAUGAUCCUGAAAGGGGUCCAUCCACUUCGUCUUCAUCGUCAGCUCCUUCAGAGGUAGAAUUAAAAAAGACUGCCAAACCAAGAUCGAAAAAAAGAGACAAAAAUAAAGUAUUAACACCAGUUUCAUCAGAAAAUUCGUUACCUAAUUCAACAACUAUUUCUUCAUCUUCUUCUUUAAUAGCUUCGCAAGUACUUCCAAUAGUCACUGCUUCAUCAUCAGCAGAAGGAAUAAAUUCAUCAACCCUUAAUAUAAUUUCAAAUCGAACUUCUCUGAAUCCAUCAUCUCAAAUUUCUUCACCAACCCAAACUUCUUUAAUUUCUUCAAUUAAAACUUCUUUGAAUUUCCCCCCUCAAACUUCUUUAAUGUCUUCAAUUAAAACUUCUUUGAAUUCCCCAGCUCAAACUUCUUUGAUUUCUUCAAUUAAAUCAUCUCUAAAUACUCUGUCUGAAGCUUCAACAAAUCAUUCAGCUGUUCUUAAAAAUCCUGUAUCAAAUACUCGAAAAUUUUCGCCUUCAGCAAAUAUCACUUCAAUUUCAUCAAACUUUACAGUUUCAACUCGUGGCGAAAGAAAAAAUUUGCCAAAAUGUUCAACAAUUGUUUCAUCACCAUCUGAAGUAAUUUCCCCACCGAAAACUUCAUCUACUCCCGUUGAAACUCAUUCAAAAAAAUUGAAAUGUGUAUUAACUUCUUGCGCUGUUGCUUCUUCAUCUAUUGAAGCAACUAACUCUAUAAAAUCACUGUCAGCUUCAUCAACAACCGCAGUAUCUUAUUCAAAAAAGAUUUCACCAAUUCCAACGGUAAAAACUUCUUCAAUACCCUCAGCAAAAGUUUCAUUGGUUAAAGCAUUUCCAAAUUCAAGUUCAUUAGUAAAAGAUGCUUCAGUUACAUCAACAAAAGAUACUUUAACUUCAGCAGCAAAAGGUUCUUCAAGAUCUUUAGUGAAAACUUCUUUAUCAACAAAAGCUUCAUCUUCAAAUCCACCAAUACACGAUUCUACAAUUCCAUCAGUAAAUACCUUAUCAACGGCCUUAAUAAAAGCCACUUCAACUUCAGCAGAAAAAAUAUUACCCUCUACUUUACCUAUUGAUUCUCAAAAUACAGAAAAAAAUUCAUCAGCUUCAAAAUUAAAAGCAUCCACUAGUUAUCCUGUAAAAAUAUCAUCUUCAUCUUCCAUAAAAAAAUCCUCACUUCCAACAGAAAAAUCAUCACUAUUAACGUCAGUAACAUCCAAUAAACCCAUUUCUUCACCUACUGUUUCAUUAAUUUCUUCAAAUAAUGAAUCAGCAUUUUUAUCAACAGAAACAAAUACCAAACAUGGUAUUAUUAAACUAUUGGGCAAUUCAAAAAUUACCAACAACAAAUCUCCAUCUAAAAUGAUUAGAAAUUAUUCCUCACCUUCAUCAUCAUCAUCACCCGCUAGCACCAUUGGCAAAUCAUUUAUGCGUAAUAAUAAUUAUUCUCGAAAAUUUUCCAAUUGUUCGCAUGAUAGUUAUGCAACAAAAUUAUCUGCUUUAAGUGCAAGCAGUAGCUAUGAGAAAUUAAAUGAUGAUUUUGAAAUAUUAUCUGAAUAUUCAAGUACCUAUGAUUCUAAUAGUCCAAAUAAUACUCCAUUUAAUACACCAAAAAUUCAUAAUGAACGAUCAUUAUCAUUAGCUCAAUCUUGUGCUAAUAAUCAAUGUUCAAAAUGCGAUCUCGAGAGUCUCUAUGAGGGAAUUAGAAUACUCGAUUCUUUCAUUGCAAGACGUGAGAAAGAUAUAAAUAAUUGUACAAGAAAUUCAUCGAGAGCUACAACACAUUUUGGUACACCGAGUCAUUUUUCAAAGAGAGAUGAUAAUAAUUAUUAUACAAUUGAAAGAAAACGCUUUUCUAGUUCUACAACCGAUGUUGAUAAUAAUUACUAAAAGAAUAUAAUAUUAUUCAAUUUUAAUAUUUUAGAAUUUAGAAAAUAGAAAGAUAAAUAGAAACAAAAAAAAAUAGAAAAAAUUCUAUUCUUGUGAAUAAAAGUAUUUUAUUAAUUCAAUUAAAUUAUUUAGAAAAUUGUGUUUAGAUAACACAGAAAAAUAUAGUAAGUUUGUAAAAAUUGUAUAAUAGUAGAAAUUUUAAAAAUAGAAAAAUUAGUAAAAAAAACAGUAUUGAAAGCAAUGAAUGACAGAUUUUAUACACGAAGAAAAAUGACUAAAAAGAUUUAUUUACUUGUAUCUUUAAUAAAAUUAGGGAAACAUAUUAACUUCAUUACAGUUAUUAAUUAUUUGAAAAUAAAAUAUAAGUUUCACUAUAAAUUGUAAAAAAAAUUAUUUAAAUAAAAAUUCAAUAUAGUUAUUUUAAAAAA